UGCUGAUCAUUUUUUGGACUCAAUGAAGACAUCUACAUGUAAAAAUCUAAGUUCGUAGCGUAACCGAGACCCGGGUUCCAACUACAUUGUUUGUGAUCGCUAAAGUCGAUGAGAACAGUUGUGAUAUCAUGAUGAUUUGCGGACAAAGCCUGAAGAAAUGACACCUGAUCUUCUUUGGACCCGCCUUAUCCAAGGGCACGCGAUCGGCGGUGGCGACCAUGAAGUAGAAGCUGUUUUUGAUUACGACCAUGGUGCUCUUGUGACAGGGACAGGCGGUGCUGGCACGAGGACAAGGAUAAGGAACCACAUUUCACGACGACAUCGAGUCUCCCCGACAAGUUACAUUCCGGCAGGCGAUUUGCACCACGCGGUGAAAGGCUAUGAAAAUCACGUGACGUUCGAACUCGAUCUCGAACCGCCUCGCCUAGUCGGACGCGGGAAAAGGAACCAUUAUCGGUCGCGGUUUCAUAAUCGAUAUCCAUUUCGAGGACCACGACGCGCAACCGCCUUCUUCCUCGACUGCACGGCUGAGGAGCCUGCCGGAGUGGAUUUUCGAGUGGUCGACGACGAUGCGGUAGGAGGGCAUAGUGAAGAAUGCACCAGAUAUCGUGACGCCUUUCAGAAGAAAGAGAUGGUCUCAAAUUUGAAGAUCAUGAGUCCUUUUUGCGGCAAGCGUGUCUGGUACUGGCUACCAAGCAGCAACUUGUGGAUGCAAUGUUGCGUUCCUCCUGCUGGCGGCUCGGGGGCAAGGGCACAGUGCGAAGCAGCCACGGCUGUUCUCGGGAAGCCCGCAGACAUGUUCGAGAAAAUGAAGAGUUACAUGUGCAAGCGACUAGAUCCGUAUGCGGUAUUGAUCAAAACGCAAUCCACCUCAAUGGACAGGUUGAAAACGUGGCUGAAAAGAGCACUGGCGCUCAUGAUGCUGUUAGAAGUGGUAUUCGUGAGAAGUUUUUAGGACCACUUUGACUCUCCCUUUCACUUUGUUUUUGAUGAUCUUCUUGAUGACGAUCAACAUCAAAGAAAAACAUAGAUCGAGAUUGAACAACGUUCUACCACCACUACAUACAGUAACAACUUUCAAAACAUUCGAUAAAAAACAACAUGAACAUUAUUUGUACCACUUGUAGUUCAAAAACUUCAAUUACUUCUACAUCAGCCAGGACUAGAUACUGCAUCGCCAAACGCAUAGCUUGUUCUACCUUCACUCUCACUCAUGAGAACUAAAACAAAAUAUAAGUUGAAAUAAUAUUAGUACUGAAAUUUCUCAUUCAACAAAAUCACAAGGUGGGCGCCUUCGGAGGGAAAGAUGCUACGUUUUUUAUGAAACAUUGCGACGAAACUGAUGAGCGUCCUUGCUGCGAUAAGAACUCUGGCGUUCCCUGCUCGCUGGGUAACAUGCAGAGUGCCCUUCGAGGCGGCACGUCAGUCAUGUAUGGCAAGUAAUUUCACUUGGACUUCGUAUGUGGAAUGCAUAGGUACUCCUUGGGUGAUAAAACGAAGUACCUAAACACGAUAGACUUUUGGUUUUUCUGCGAUAGACGACAUAAAUUUGAAUUGACCUUCAAGACGAGACGGUGUUGAAGAAGGAGUUAUUUGUAUCUACUUUCAUGAUUCAGAUGAUCCUAGG